CUUGUUGUUCCUUGAUAACCUCGUCAACAUGCAAUAUACCCUUGCCUUUGUAAGCUUCAGGCGGCUUACAAGUUCGAACAGUAGCACCUAACGGCUAACUGGUGCACUCUCGUGUGAUUAUUUUUGGGGUUAGGAAAAGCGCAAGCAUGCGAAGUGUGAUAGGCAUUUUCGCACAACAGAGGUUGGUUCAGUUAAUACAUCGAACACCUUGUGGCAUUGUUUGUUUGAAGCUGUUUUGCACCCAAGCAACACAAAACCACGAUUCCCUGUCUCGGAGAAUCGAGAAGCUCCCCAAAGGAAAAUCCGUUGGCUCCGCUUUCCGCAGUUGGAUGAGAGAUGGCCUCCCCGUUCAUGGCGGUGACAUCUUUCACGCCAUUAACCGUCUCAGGAAGCUCAACAUGAACAAACGCGCCCUUCAGGUGAUGGAAUGGGUGAUCAGGGAGAGGCCCUACAGGCCUAGGGAACUGGAUUACUCUUAUCUUGUAGAAUUUACAACUAAGCUGCAUGGGAUUUCACAUGGUGAGAAGCUUUUCUCCCGAAUUCCCGUUGAGUUUCAGAGUGAGUUGCUCUACAACAACCUAGUGAUUGCAUGCUUGGAUAAGGGUGUCAUAAAGCUUUCACUUGAGUACAUGAAGAAAAUGAGGGAAUUGGGGUUUCCCAUCUCACACUUGGUUUUCAACCGCCUCAUUAUUCUGCAUUCCUCGCCAGGUCGCAGGAAGAUGAUACCCAAGUUGCUCACCCAGAUGAAGGCUGAUAAAGUCACCCCACAUGUGUCCACCUACAAUAUUUUGAUGAAAAUAGAGGCUAAUGAACAUAAUCUUGAGAAUUUGGUGAAGGUCUUCGGUCGUAUGAAAGUUGCACAGGUUGAACCGAACGAAAUAUCUUACUGCAUUUUGGCUAUUGCUCAUGCGGUGGCCAGGUUAUAUACUGCAACUGAAGCAUAUGUUGAAGCUGUGGAGAAGUCUAUUACAGGGAACAACUGGUCAACAUUGGAUGUCCUGCUUAUGUUGUAUGGGUAUCUUGGGAACCAAAAGGAGCUGGAAAGAGUUUGGGCCACAAUUCAAGAACUCCCCUCCAUUAGAUCUAAAAGUUACAUGUUAGCCAUUGAAGCGUUUGGUAGAAUUGGACAGCUAAACCGAGCUGAAGAAAUUUGGUUAGAAAUGAAAUCAACAAAAGGAUUGAAAUCUGUAGAGCAAUUCAAUUCAAUGAUGUCUGUAUAUUGCAAACAUGGAUUCAUUGACAGAGCAGCUAAACUGUACAAAAACAUGAAGGCAAGUGGGUGUAAACCAAAUGCCAUAACUUAUCGUCAGCUUGCUCUGGGCUGCUUGAAAUCUGGUAUGGCAGAGCAAGCUUUAAAGACAUUAGACUUGGGCUUGCGUUUGACUAUUAGCAAGAGGGUUAGAAAUUCAACCCCAUGGUUGGAGACCACUCUUUCAAUUGUUGAGAUUUUUGCUGAAAAAGGUGACGUGGGAAAUGUCGAGAGAUUGUUUGAAGAAUUUCAUAAAGCUAAGUAUUGUAGAUAUACUUUUGUAUAUAAUACCUUGAUUAAGGCUUAUGUAAAAGCUAAGAUUUAUAAUCCAAAUCUUUUGAAAAGGAUGAUUCUUGGGGGAGCUAGACCAGAUGCUGAAACCUACAGUCUUUUAAAAAUUGCAGAACAAUUUCAGACCUGAUUUUGGUUGAUAAUUUUCAACAUGUGUAUCUUGUUGUCUUUCUAUUUACUAAAUAUGUAUUGGUUGCGGGACAAGAGUCAAUAAGAUGCAACAGGUAUUAAAGAACA